UGCCCGGUAGAAGCAGCCCCCCUUUGAUUGGCCAUUUCACCUCCUUCUCAGCCCGCCUAUUCUGCCCUUACUGACAAAAGCCGAAACCAAUAGGAAAACGUUCCUACGUUGCGUCCAGCGAAGAAGACGGAUCAACCGCAGGAGUGGAGGGCUACGCGUUAUGAACUGGUGGAGUCCCGAGAUAUUCGCUGCGCUCACACUCCUUACUUCAGGAAAAAAAUGUCCUGAAUCUAAAUUUUUAACGACACAUUUCUGCGUCUGAAGCGGGGAUGUACAGCAGCAACAAAGCGGUUGGUGGCCCGUGAGCAUAGAUCUCUUACCAUAGAAGGGCCACUUUGCUCAUCCGGGACUUCCGGAAUCACAUAAAAAUAUCAAAAUGAGCAAUUUGGAAGAAGCUGAACUACAACUUUCUGAAUUAGAUUUGCUUUCUAGUAUGUUUCCUAAUGAAGAUGAAUUUAAGCUGACUGACCAACUCGCUUUAGCAGAACUGAAGGAUCAUGUUGAGAGAUGUACCCUGGAAGUGCCAUCUUCAAAAAUACAGUUUAUGCUGAAUUUAGAAUUAGAAACUACAGAUGGAAAUAAGGUUCCACUUCCUUUGUCUUGUGCUUUCCCAUUAAAAUAUCCAGCUGUUCUUCCAGAAAUUACUGUCAGAUGUCCAUCUAUCAGCCGAUCACAACAGGUUCAGCUGAACACAGAUCUUAUAGCCUACUUGAAGGAACACUGUGCUGGUGAAGUCUGCAUAUUAAGUGCAAGAGAAUGGGUUAAAGAUCACGCCACUGCUUACAUCAGCAAAGAUCCCUCAUCUUCCAAUAUGAUGAAAUCAAGUGUACAAAAAUCAGAGGAUGUUUUUACUAGAAUCUGGAUAUACAGUCAUCAUAUUUAUAACAAACAAAAAAGAAAGAAUAUAGUAGAUUGGGCUAAAGAGCUCUCUUUGUCUGGAUUUAGCAUGCCUGGGAAACCAGGUAUAAUUUGUGUAGAAGGGCAACAGAGCAUGUGUGAGGAGUUUUGGGCAAGAAUCAGAAGAUUAUCAUGGCAGCGAAUUUUAAUUCGUCACAGAGAAGACAUUUGCUUAGAAGGGGCUGAAGCUGAAAUGGGAACACAAAAGAAGUUUUUGGCUUUCGAAGAAAAAAUAUUUGAUGUACAUGGUGCCAGAGGAAAUCACAUGGAUUUGGGACAAUUGUAUCAUUUUUUACUUGACAGUGGAUGUGCCAGUAUUUUUCAACUGUACUUUGGAGUUGAAGGACAAUAGAGUAUUACAAGAUGGAAAAAUCCAUUGGAAAAUUUAAAUGAAAGUUUUUUAAUCCCUUAUAGGUGAUAUCCAGUUGUGCUGUCCUGCAAUGAACUUUUGUUUGCAAACAAGACUUCCCCUUCCUCCUCUCACUCCUGCAUCCCAAAUGUGUUGUGGGACCUUCUGGAGCAAUUUCGGGGGUACUGGGGCCUGUGGUGUUGGGGAAGAAUCCCCUCACAUCCACUGGUACAAUGCUGGAUCUUGUGUUUUUAAUUCUUUUUUUUUUUUAAUCUAUAAAGAAUUACUGAAAACUUUA